UUUUUAACGAAAUUAUAUUUGCUGUAUAUUUAAUACUAUAAUUUUGUGAUCAACAUGAGCUAUGGACAGCUUACUCGGUUUCGAAAUAAUAAAUUUAGUACAAAAUUAAACAAUUCUAUUAGUGAUCUUUCAAAUAGAAUACAAAACUUCGAAACUCCAGAAAAACUAAAAGGAACAUUUCUUGAGCGAUGGGGGAAAUAUUGGAAGAAUGUUUACAUAGACUAUAAGGAGGUAGCAGAAAAUGUUGUUAAGGAUUGUAAAGAACGUCCUAUUCGAGCCACCACAUAUACUGCUAUUGCAGGAUUCUGUAUAUACUUGAAUAAACAUAACCCGGAUGAGAGUUUCUUCAAAGAAAAUUUAUUACAAAAUACUAUGAAAUUAAUGCAAGUUGGAGAUCCUAUACGAAAUCCAAUAUCUGAAAAUCAUGUUAAGUGGUUAGGACAGUGUUACAAUGAAGGAAUUAUACGACGAUUAAAUUUAGGUAUAAUUUCGAUAAUUUGGAUGGACAAUUAUGAUGAAGCAUGUUCCUUGUACAAAGCACUUUGUCCUUAUUUAAAACCACCGUAUAUAACAUUUUACCAAAGAGUAGUGGAUAUAGGCUGCCUAAACAAAUGGUGGAUUUUAGAAAGUAAAAUGAAAGAAUAUGAUGUAAAUGAAACAGAAUUU